AUGGUAGAGCUCGUGUUAACAUGCGCGUUUGCUGGUGAGGAGGGAGGCUCGUUCAAUGUGGUAAUCGAGGAUUGGAGGAAGGUGGCCUCGUUGAAGACGGCGAUCAAGCACGAGAACCAAAACAAGCUGAAAAAUGUCGAUGUGAAGGAUCUGCAGCUCUUUUUGGCGAAGUAUGGCGAAAGGUGGCUCAGUGCGGCUGGCGCGGCGGAUGUGACGCUAAAACUCCCCCUAAAGCUCGAUGAGGACGAAUAUCACCAAGGCUUCAAGUGGAUGGACCCUUCACUGUGGAUCAAGGACGUCGAGUACUUCGGCGAGAACUUUCAACCAGGUGAAGGCCAAGUUCACGUUCUGGUGGUGGUUCCCCAUCAGUCAGCAGUCUGCACGGCUGCCUUGGAUAACCCGGAGAAGUUUGCUCAAGAGUGCGCUUCAUUGACUGAAUGGGACGUGGGUGCCGUGCACCACAUCCCGUCCAUCUUCAGAUUUAUGAGUACUUUCGGCGGAUGCAGUAACGACGGGAAGAUUUUUUGGAGACUGGAAGAAAAGAAAGUGGUGCAGGUGUUCACGGUUGGAUGGUUUCGCAAGACUACGCACAUGAACAAGAAGAGUAUUCUGAUCGGGUCUCCGGGAAUCGGCAAGUCGACGCUCUUGUGCGUGCUGGCGUUCUAUCUUGUGCUCAAGCACCACAAGAAUGUGCUGGUGUACCGACGCUUGAAGAAACUUGGACAGGAACCGGAACCCUGCCUGAUUUACCUGGGCUACGAAGAUGGCGAGGUCGUACAGUUUUCAGAGCAGAGGUGCAAGACGCAGCGAGCUGUUGAAGUUUACGAUGGUCUCAUUCAGCAGCAUGGCGUUGGGAACGUCUGGUUGCUGUUAGAUGGCUUCCACUACGGAAGUAUCCCGGAAGGGCUGGAGACGUUCAACUUGCUAGCGACAUCACAGCGAGUAGACUUGACGUCUCAAGAGCGCAAAGAGGCAUACUGUUGCUUGUUGCCUUGCUGGUCGGAGAAGGAUUUGUGGUCCUUGGGACGGUUGAUUUACAACUUUGGAGCUGACGAAAUGGACGAACGAUACUACUACUCUGGCGGAAGCGUGCGUGAAUUUACGCUGGACACUCCGGAGGGAAUACGCCAGGCCAUCGAUGAUGCAACCAGUGAAGUGGAGAAGGUGGCGGCUCUCUUUUCCAACCAGCUUAACAUAUUGGCUGGGGAUACACAAGUCGAUAUUUUGCGGCGUACGUUUGUCGGAAACAAUGACCCUCUCACAACAGAACAGCUCACUGCUCGACGGUACUGGGUGCAAUCCAUUGACUCUGAAUACGCUGUUCGUGCACUCUCACUCAGAGUGGAUUCAGACGCAUUGUACCAGAUUUACACCUGGGCGCGAAGGACUGAACACGCAUCGCUGGCUGGAAGCGUUCUCAAAAUCUACAUACACAAGCUUGCUUCUGACAACGCAUUGAAUCUCUACAUCGCAGAAUAUGAUCCGCCGGCAUUCAGGAAACUGGAAGAACCUCGGUAUCAAGAUUAUAAAUUGCUGACGUUGUGCAAAGGUGGAGCUGUAUGUUGGGGGACGGCUAGCCAUUACAAAACUGAGCUGGUGCAGUGGCGAGAUUCAAAACAGCUGACCUAUUGGUACCCCGCUAGCGAUAGCUUUCCCAACAUCGACAGCAUUGCCAAGAUCAAGUCCGUAAGUGGGAAGAAGAGCGUGGCAUAUCUGCAGAUUGUUGGUGCCAGGAAGCACAAGAUUAGCGAGCAAGAACUGAUGAACAUGAACAAAAUAUUCUACCCAGCUGGUGUCGAGACUACUAAAGAUGCGGACCCACCAAUUUUCAUUGCAGUUUGUCCGGAUCGUUAG